AUGUGGCUUACUUCAGGAGCUAAGGCCUUAAGCUCCGAUAACAGGAUAAUCACUGCCAUCCAGUACGCCACCCAGUCCUCCAUAUACUCGUCCGAGGACACGGCAGCAGAGUUGACUACUGCACAGACCAUUAUAAUAUCAUUUCUGUAUGCCCUACGAGAGAGAGACCUGCCGUUGAUCAAGACAUUACUAGAAGUCUCCUCUACAGUUCCACAGAUCAAGUCUUCAUUCUUGAGUGUCUGGCUGAGAGACGAUUUCUGCUUUCCCAGAGGAGAUGUUGCCUCCUGCCUUUCUACCCUUGGGAAGCUGCUGCUCGACGGGACGCAGUUCCCUUGGCCAGUAGCUGCAACACUCGCCGGCCUGGAUGUCAAGUAUCGCAUUCAAGAAUGUUUUGCGGAGGCUGACGACACAGCAGGCCAAAUACUCCUUUCUACAAUGAACACUUGUGUAUCUGAGGGAACACAAGUUGACUAUGCAAAAGAAUUGCAGUCUAAGGAAUCAAAAACCACUUUGGUGAAGCAUGUCAGUUUUCAAUUGCCUUUAGAAAUGACAUCAACCGGAACACAAGCUGGGAUCAUAGUCCAUGAUCGUGGUAUUUCAGUUAAACCAGAACAGUAUUCUACAGGGGUUCAGACCACAGAUCAGAGCAUGAUAACAGCGUUGAACCCAUAUACUUUGACCUCCCAUUCAAUAUAUGCAAUACAAAAGGAAAAGACAUCAACAGAGACACAAGCUGGGCUUAUAGUUUAUGACCGGGGGGGGGUUUCUGUAAAACCAGAACAGUCAACUAUAGGAAUUCAGACCGUAGAUCAGAACAUGGUUAAAACCUUGAAGCUCCCUCCGUUGACCUCUCAAUCAAUUCAUCCAAAGGAAAAGCCUGUGAAUAAUCAUGCAACUGGAAAAGGACUACAAAAUAUGCUGUUCAAUGCCUAUGAAUUUCUUCCAGAAGAUCAAAUCAUAGCUGAGGACCGCUACAAAUCUCUUCACACCACACCUAAUAAUUCUUAUGGAUCUCUUCUAAUGCCUUCACAGAAUCAAACAAAAAUUCCUAUAUCUAUUAAUGAUUAUUUAUUUAGGGAACCCAAAGUUUCAUUUAAACCGGAACAAUCAACUACACAAGUUUCGACAACAGCUGAGUCAGGAAAGGAUUCAAGACUGAGUGCUGGAACUGGUAACCUGUUCGAAUCUACAUCCAUUAAUGCUUCUGGAACUCUUCCAAUUGCUCAACCGACACGAAUAACACCUGUUGUAUUUGAAUCCACUACUGCUGAAAGGGAUAUAUUUCCAGAUUUCCUUGCAGAAAUGAGAAAAUUAGAUAAAAAGGAUCUGGCAGAAACCACAAAAACAAUUUUUUCCAGUGACUGUAUGCAUUCAUCAAAGUCACAAAAAGAGGUUGGACUACUUUCUUCUAUGAAUUUUCCUUCGACAACAAAAAAAACUACAAAUUUUAAAUAUUCCUAUGGUGAAGAUAAGAUGAAAGAUAUAAUUGACAAAUCAGUACCAGUUUCAAACACGAAGCAGCCAAUUUCUAAGGAAAUGGCGAAUGAACUAAUGUACAGUGCGAUCCAAAAGGAUGAUGUCAAAUCCCUUGUCAUCGCUAUCAAUGCUGGAGCAGAUGUAAAUCACGAAGGUGUCAUGAAGAAGAGACCAUUGCAUGUGGCUGCUUCGGCUGGAAGAAUCCAACCGGCAAUAGAGCUGAUACACUGGGGUGCAAAUGUAGACUCCUUGGAUAAUUGGGAAGAAACCCCGCUUUUUGUGGCUUCUGUGACAGGGCAUCUCCUCAUGACAGAGGUACUUGUAUCGGCUGGAGCCAACAUCAAUCACAUGAACAGGGAGCGUAAUCGUCCACUCCAUGUUGCAGCAAGCGCUGGGCAGCUGGAGAUCGUUCGACUACUCCUCAGCAAUGGGGCCGAUGUGGACUGCAGGGGCGAAUCCUUGAGGACUCCUCUCCACUGUGCAUCCUUGUUUGGCCACCUCUCAGUGAUCGGGCUGCUCCUGGAUCGAGGAGCUGAUCUUAUGGCCGUCGAAGUAAGUGGCCACACGCCUCUCAGCCUCGCCAAGUCCAACCAACAGAAUCUAGCGGCCGAGUUUCUGCAUUACAGAAGUCGUUUAUGA